ACAUAUGAUUAUAUAUAGCACACUUGUUUCCGAUGAAAUCUAUUGAUAAACUUUUAAGGAAUGACGCUUGCGUGCAUUUCAAGCUUAUUAUACCAUUAGGCGGAAGGCAAUUGACGUUUACUAAAUUUUGUGAGGAUAAACUAUAGAAAACAGAAAUGUCAAAUUCUACAAAAGCGGGAGGAAGGAAAGCAUCAACUAAGAAAGGGCCUUAUAGCAAUCGAAACAACGUUCAACAAGAUGCAAACAAUCAAUUUGAGACUCUUGGGAGAAAUGAAAACCAGGAUAUGGAUAUAACCAAACAAAGAGACAAGACAACUCCAGUUGAAAGGAAAGGUCAACCCACCUCACCGCACGAGCGAGGCGAUGAGAUGAUGGAAACUGACGAAACUGCACCUCCGUCGACAAAAUUCCAAACAGGGCCCAAACAAGACUCAAACCGCCCUGCUUAUCAGUAUUCAGUUGACCACGAUGCAGAUAUAAGUCACAACGUUGGACCUUCUUCUCCAAGGCAUGCACAGGCGCAAGAGAUGUUACUAAGACAAAAGGAAGCUAGCAAGCAGAUGCUGUAUGGGGUGUUUGGCAACGUCAUCACAAUCUUGGAGGAGCACGAAAAACGCACUUCGGCGAUUGGCAAAGGGAAAAUGAAACAAUCAGACAUCGCCAUUCCAGACCAGUCAUGGAAGACAAACGAAGAUGUGAAAGCGAACGUUGAGACGCAAUUAUUACUCUUUCAAACCCAGAGUAAAUUUUGUCCGGAAGAAGUGAGACUGUCUGUAAAUCGUGAACUGAGACUGCAAACUAUUGCCUGGUUUGGAGUGAGACAGGCAUCAAAACUGGACAUAGGAGAAACAGACGAGUAUGCUUGCAGGCUCUAUGAAAUUCUGGUCAAAGGGGCGACAAAACAUGAUAUCUUAGACAGGCCUAGGUCUCCGGUAACAGAGAAAACAAUGCGAGAGACUUUGCCUGGAAUUCUCAGAGGCAAACACGAUGCGCGUGAACUUGACGAUUCUUUUAAAAAGGACAAAAACAAGAAAGCUGAAACACCUAAAACGCGACAGGCAGAUGUCGAUGAUGCGUACUUGUUGGGUUUAUCACGUAUCAAGAACACAGAACCAAAGUUGGAAAAAUUCCUGGACGAGGAUUUGUCACUUAUUCAACACAUGGGACCAGACAACCUUCGCUAAUGAAGACAACUGACUAUCAAAAAGCCUUGAACAUUACACAUAUUUUUGUCAUCUUGUUAAUGUUGAAAUAGUGUCUUUGUUUAACGAUAAUAAAUCCCAGUUCAUGUUAAUUUAAGCUCCAAAGAAGUUUAUUUUUUUGUAUAAAUUAAAUACUGGUACUAACCUUCCUACAAAAGAAAAAAACGCAUCACAAAAAAUGGAGAUUACUGUGCCAGGCUUGUCCUGUCUUCAGAUUUAGGAUUGGAAUUGAAAUUAAUGCUACGGCUUUAAACUACUGGAACACUUGUACAAUCAGGAACAUGUUUUAUUUCAUUGUUUAACAUUUACCUCUCAUUGAAAGUUUACACAAUGUUUGGUAUAAGUUUCUUUUUAUUAUCCAAACGCUUGUUUAUUGUUUUAUAGAUGCAUAAUACGAAUAUCUAAAGGACUCGUUAUCGCAAACUAAGUCACACUUUUCUUAAAAAUGUAAUACAUCCCGGAAGGUCGAUCUUUUGGAAGCUCAAACUAAUAUAGAAAGUAUGUAUCGGUUUUCAUAUGUUUGAGCACUAUCAAUGACCGGGAUUAACUUUAUAUUCAAUGUUCAGGGACUUUAUUGCAGGGAACGCCAGAAGGCAACAAAACCUUUUACUUUAAUGUCGCUUUGUACCAUCUGGCAUUUACCUCGGGCGAUAGCAACACCUAAAACAAACUGUGCUGAGGAGCACCAUAAAACCACUGUUGCGAAAUUUAUUUAGGUUUUAGGAUGCAGAUGCAGGUCUGCCGCCUUAACAUCGGUAUGGAGAAUUUAGUUAUAUCAAGCAUAGUUACUUUCUCUUCAUGCCGGGUUUGCAUGCAAGCUCGUCGCUGAUGUCUUUAAAUACGUCUUUAUACUUUGAGGUAGUUUGUGCUUCCAAAUGAUCUCUCUUAAAAAUGCCUUUGAUUUUAUGUCGAUAAUCAGAACAAUAAAUAUAUUUUAAAUUUC